CUAACUGGAAAAUUUCCCAUUUGGUUGUUGGAAAACAACACAAUGUUAAACACACUUUUGCUGGUUAACAAUUCCCUCUCUGGACCAAUUACAUUGCUAGCUCAUUCUCAUAUGAGUUUGGAAGAUCUAGAUAUCUCCAAAAAUUUCUUGGAUGACCAUAUUCCAAUGAAGAUUGGAGCAUCUUUGCCAAGUUUACGAUAUUUAAACAUUUCAAGAAAUUCUCUUACUGGUAGCAUUCCUCCUUCAAUUGGUGAUAUGAAGUUGCUCAUGUCUUUGGACUUAUCUCACAAUAACCUAACUGGUGGAAUACCUAAGAAGUUAACCAUGGGUUGCUCAUCAUUACUGUCCCUUAUUCUAUCAAACAACAAUCUGCAAGGCCAAAUUUUCUCUGAGAAAUUUAGCUUAUUCCAGUUGGAGAAAUUACAGUUGAAUGGCAAUUACUUUUCUGGAAGUAUCCCAAAAUGCUUAUCAAAUUGCUCCAAUUUGUAUUCAAUAGAUUUCAGCAAUAACAAUCUCUCUGGAAGGAUCCCGAGCUGGAUGGGUAAUAUGUCAUACUUGCAAGAAAUUAUCAUACCUAAUAAUGGUCUUGAAGGUCCAAUUCCUAUCAACUUUUGUCACCUUCAAUAUCUUGAAAUUCUAGACCUUUCAAAUAACAAUAUUUCAGGGCGUUUGCCAGCUUGUUUCAGCCCAAGAGAUAUAAAUCAUGUUCAUUUAUCCAAAAACUGGCUAGAAGGGUUGCUAACAACACAAUUUUGUAACAGCUCGUCUCUUGUAACGCUAGAUCUUAGUGACAACCAGCUAAGUGGAAACAUCCCAGAUUGCAUCCAUAUGCUUGGCGAGUUGAGUUAUCUUAUCUUGAAGAACAAUAAUCUUGAAGGUGAGAUCCCAAUUCAGCUAUGCAAGUUGCAAAAAUUGAGCUUGAUUGAUCUAUCUCAAAACCAUCUUAAGGGCCAUAUACCUUCUUGCCUAAAUAUUACCACUUUUGAUGAGGCUAACAAAGUUGGUCCAUCUAUAGCUCAAGCUCCAUCUAUAGCUCAAGCUCCAUCUUAUGCUCAACCUCCAUCUUAUGGUCAACCUCCUGAGCCAAUUUCUACAGAUGAACCAGUGUAUUUCACAACAAAGAAUGUGUCAUAUUCUUACAAGGGAAGACUUCUCACCUACAUGUCUGGAAUAGACCUAUCCUGCAAUAAACUGACAGGUGAAAUUCCUUAUGAAAUUGGGCACCUUAGUAAGAUUCAUGUACUAAACUUGUCUCAUAAUUUCUUGGUUGGUCAAAUUCCAUCUACAUUUUCUAAACUUGAGCAAAUCGAGAGCUUGGAUCUUUCCUACAACAAUUUGAGUGGGAAAAUUCCUCCCCAACUUGUUCAGCUGCAUUACUUAUCUUCCUUUAGGGUGGCAUACAACAACCUAUCAGGCAAGACACCAAAAAGGGUCGGGCAAUUUGGAACAUUUGAUGAAAGUUGUUACCAGGGUAAUCCUUUGCUUUGUGGGGAACCAAUGAAAAGUUGCUCAGUGUCAAGUCCACCACCGUUGAUCCAAGGAGGUCCAACCCAGGGUAGAGAAGAUGAUGGUUUCAUUGAUAUGGGUGUCUUCUAUGUGAGUUUAGUUGUGUCUUACAUAAUGGUGCUCAUAACUAUAGCUGCAGUUCUCUACAUAAAUCCUUAUUGGAGACGGGCCUGGUUUUAUUACACUGAGAUGUGCUUCAUUUCUAGCUACUAUUUUAUAGUAGAUCAUCUACCCAAGCAAUUUCAUUAAAGAAUGUAGCCAUAUUAUAGGUGUCAUUCUUAAAUAUAUAUGUUCUUAUUGUUUCCUGUUCGGAAUUGCAAUGAGAAGUCAUACAUAUAUGCUCUUUCAAGUAAAACUAGCAAGCAGAGUCUGGGACCGAAUUUGACAUAAGUCAAGUCGUGAGGGAGUAUUGAUUGGAGUAACGACCUGUUCCUAUUGGGCAAUUGAAAAUAAUACUUGAUUGGAGUA